AUGAAGGCUCAACAAGCUAAAAAAUAUUACAUACCAAUAUCAAUCCAAUUAGGACUUUAUAUUCCUCUAACUCUUUCAGUUAUAUAUAUCAUUCAAUGUAGAACCAACAUUUUAAAUGUCUUAUCUUCUGAAAAAUAUUACUCUCAUUUCAUAUUUUGUUCAUUCUUUGGGAUAGCAGUCUUAGUAACAUACUUCAUUGCAUGGGAGCACAUUAAAACGCCUGUACAAUUUAUAUAUUCUUGUUUCUUCAAACCCAUCAAUUAUCAUUCUAAUGACUUACAGAAUAGAUUGGAAUCAUUUUAUCAAGACCAAGCUAAAAUUUAUGAUAAAUCUCGGAAACAGUUGUUAAGAGGACGAAAAACGAUGCUUAAGCUCUGUGCUGCUCAGCUAAAAGAACAGAUUUCUACAGGUUUAAUGCCCAAAAAUCCUAUUUGGGUUGACUUGGGUGGAGGAACUGGCUGGAAUAUUGAGAUGAUGAAUGAAUCAUUUCCAAUUGAACAAUUUGAACAAGUAUUUUUGAUCGACUUGACACCAUCCUUGUGUAAUAUAGCUCGUGAAAGGUUUAGAAAUAGAUCAUGGAAAAAUGUUACAGUUCUUUGUCAGGAUGCUUCCUCUUUUCAAAUCCCCAACCUUGAGGGAAUGUUGGAAGGAAGAGUAGGAUUGAUUACAGUUUCCUAUGCAUUGUCUAUGAUGGAUCCUUACUUCCCAGUUGUUGAUCGAAUUCAUUCUUUACUGGCUCCUGAAGGUAUCAUCGGUGUUGUGGAUUUUUAUGUUUCGAGUCGCUCUAGCGCACCUGCUGAAAAAUGGUCUCCACAGCAAGAUAGACAAUGUAAUUGGUUUACAAGACAUUUUUGGCAAGCAUGGUUUGAGUUGGAUCAUAUUCAUCUUGAACCAGGACGUCGUGAUUAUUUGGAACACAAAUUUGGCACGAUAAAAUCACUGAAUCGACGAAAUCAUUUUUUAAUUCCGUAUCUGAUUCAAAUGCCAUAUUACAUUUGGCUCGGAUGUUCCAGUGCACGACAACCAGAAUUAUCUAGUUUGAUGGAGAUCUCAGAUGAUACUGAUAGUGUUACAAGCAGCCAUAGUCAGCAUUCAUCAAUGAGUCAUCUGAAUAACUCUUCAGAAUUAGUAUAUCGGUCGUCAUUUAAUUAUCAGAAUAGGCGAUGGCGAUUGGAUUACAAUCCUAACUUAGCUUGUCAUGCUCAAUUUCGGUCCUACAUUUAUGCUUUUACCUGGGAAGAUCCUCGAGUGGAUCUUGACUAUCUUAAGCUUUCUAAAGAUGAUGUCAUCCUUGUUAUUACUUCUGGAGGAGACAAUGCCUUAGAAUAUGCCCUUUGUGCACAACCAAAACGAAUCCAUUGUAUUGAUAUGAAUCCUUGUCAGAAUCACUUGUUAGAGUUAAAAUUAGCUUGUAUUACCUCAUUAGAAUAUGCAGACUUUUGGAAACUAUUUGGUGAAGGACAGCAUUCACAAUUUGCCACGUUAUUACAUGAUGUUAUUUCACCCUAUUUAAGUUCAUAUGCCUUUCAAUAUUGGAGUCAACAUCAAGAUCGCUUCAGUCAUAAGUUUUAUAAGACAGGUUAUUCUGGACUUGCGUUAUCUAUUCUUGAAUGGUGGAUUCGUAUGCAAGGAUUAGGGAAGGAUGUUGAUGCUAUGCUACAAGCCACAACUAUUAAAGAACAAGAGGUUAUUUGGCGUACUAAAAUUCGACCUGCUAUCUUUUCUCCUAUGAUUCAAAAGAUACUUUUUAAUCCUGUGUUUAUGUGGAAUGCACUAGGAGUUCCCAUAAAUCAAAUGAAUAUGUUUUUAAAAGAAUGUACAGCGCAGGAAUAUAUUGAAAACACUUUAGACCCAAUACCAUCUUAUUCUUUAUUCAACCAGGAUCAAUACUUUUAUUAUCUUUGUUUAAAACAACGAUAUAGCAAAACAAGCUGCCCCUCUUAUCUGACUAAAAAUGGAUUUGAAUUCCUAAAGGCCUCUAACGCCUUAAAUGCGUUCCGCUUACAUACAGAAUCAAUUUUAGAUGCACUUUGCUCAAUGUCAGAUAAUUACUUGACUCGAUUAGUUUUAAUGGAUCAUAUGGAUUGGUUUGACCCUAAUUCUCAUGAGGAGCUAGAUAACGAGAUUAAAGAAAUGAAACGCGUUUUAAAAAGUGGAGGUCAAGUCUACUGGAGAAGUGCAGGUACAACUCCAUGGUAUAAUGAAUUAUUCUUAAAACAUGAAUUUAUUUCUAUUGAACCCUUGAAUAUUCGUCGUCCUGGUCUAGCUAUUGAUCGUGUUAAUAUGUAUGCUAGCUUCUAUAGAGCGACUAAAUCUUAA